AUGAAUAAUGCGAGAAAAAACAAAAUCUGUCAACAGGAAGAAAUGAAGGAAUAUAGAAUGAUAAUUAUAGUGGAAGCAAAAAUAUAUAAAGAGUGCUGUGUGACGAGUUAUCUGAAAAUAAAUGGUGAAAAAAGUGAGAUUACUAAUGUGAUGCGAAUAAUUAAAGAUGAAGUGCAUGGCUAUUGUGUCACACUAUCCUUGAGCUUAGAUACCAGCUUCGCGUUGACGUGUGGAAGAUUUUACGUAAACAAUACGGUUAACACAGUGCCAAGCAUUGUGCUCUGUCAAAGAGAUGCGACCCACGACAACCCUGGCUCUGCAGACGAUCAGACCGAGUGCCGGUCUCUGGGCCUCGAGGGUCGCCUGGCUAUCGUCACGGGGGGUGCGAGUGGGAUCGGCAGGAGCGUCUGCAUGGUACUCGCUCGAGAGGGCGCCACCGUCAUUGUGGCAGACAGGAACAGGACAGGCUCCAACGAAACAGUACAGAUGCUGCAAUCGUCGCACAAUGGUGAUCACCGGGCCAUAUUCGUGGACGUUUCCAACUCGACCGCCGUUAGCAAUCUCUUCGAUGAGAUCGAGGCCUCCUUUCCGGACAGAAAGAUCAGCGUCGUGGUCAACAGCGCCGGUAUCACGGGAACGCGAGCUCUGUUUGCGGAAACAAGCGACGCCAUGUUUGACGAUGUGGUCGGCACUAAUCUCAAGGGAACAUUUCUGAUAGAUCGAGCGACGGUUAGGCACAUGCUGUCCAACAAUGUCACGGACGGCGCCAUCGUCAACGUUGCGAGCAUCGCUGCAAGGACUGUCCUCCCGCGGGGAACGCCCUACUCCACGUCCAAGGGCGGCGUCGUGACCCUCACCAAGGCACUGGCCCUCGAAGUCGCCAGCAGGGGCAUCCGAGUCAAUGCCAUCCUGCCCGGUCCCGUCGACACUCCAAUGCUCGCAACGACACCUGCGGACAUCGUGUCAGUUUUAAUCGCACAAACUUCCAUAAAGCGAAAGGCACGUCCCGAAGAAAUAUCGGAGACGAUCGCGUUCAUGUGCAGCCCUAAGAGCAGCUUCAUGACUGGAGCGGCCGUCGAAGUCACUGGAUAA